AUGGCCGCCAUUCUUGAUAAGAUCGCCAAAAUCGCCGUUCCGCUUGGCGUGGCUGCCACUGGUCUUCAAUAUAGCAUGUAUGAUGUACAGGGUGGCUUUCGUGCCGUGGUAUUUGAUCGUUUAAAAGGUGUCAAGAAGACGUCGAUUGGAGAGGGUACACAUUUCCGUAUACCUUGGUUGCAAAAGGUUGUGUUAUAUGAUGUUCGUAUCAAGCCCCGAAAUAUAUCGACGACGACCGGAUCGAAAGAUAUGCAAAUGGUUAGCCUGACAUUACGUGUGCUUCACCGGCCAGUGCUUGAACAAUUGCCGCAUAUCUAUCAAACCCUGGGGGAGGAUUAUGAUGAAAGAGUCCUACCAUCCAUCGGUAAUGAAGUAUUAAAAUCAGUUGUUGCACAAUUUGAUGCCGGCGAAUUAAUCACUCAACGUGAAGUGGUUUCCUCAAAGAUACGGGAGGACCUCGUGAAGAGGGCUCACGAGUUUAACAUUGAAUUGGAAGAUGUGUCGAUCACACAUAUGACUUUCGGCAAAGAAUUCACAAAUGCUGUUGAACAGAAGCAAAUUGCUCAGCAAGAGGCGGAACGAGCAAAAUUCAUUGUGGAAAAGGCUGAGCAAGAGAAGCAAGCCGCAGUUAUCAGAGCUGAAGGAGAAGCUGAAGCUGCAGAUAGAAUAUCUAAAGCACUCGACAAGGCUGGCGAAGGUCUUGUAUUAUUGCGUCGUAUAGAAGCAUCUAAAGAGAUCGUUGGAACAUUAUCAAGUUCACGAAAUGUGACAUAUGUGCCUGGUGGUGGUCAACAAGGAGGUUCUAAUUUGUUACUGAAUCUAGGGGUGUGA